AUGACGUGAGAUGUUAGGCAGCAACGUUUUCUCACGUGCGUCUGGGUUUCUCUGUUCGAAGGCCUCGAUCCUGCCGAGCCGCAUUUCAGCAACACGUCGACGAUGGUUCGCCUCGAUCCAACGGACGCCACGUUCGUCACGGCCGUCCACACCGAUUGCAAUCCUUUUAUCAGCGGUGGUUUCGGUAUCACUCAGCCUGUCGGCCACAUCGAUUUCUAUCCGAACGGUGGCCGCACUCAACCUGGUUGCAACGAGGGUGUCCUCAGUUCUAUCACCCUCGAACAUGGCAGUAUAAGAAGGUUCGUCAGCUGCAAUCACAUCCGCAGCUACGAAUACUUCAUCGAGAGCAUCAACACGAACUGCCCGUUCCUGACGGUGCCGUGCGUUUCCUGGGACAAGUUCCUCGAUGGUGGCUGCUUCGACUGCACGAAUCAAUACUGUCCGAAGUUCGGGCUGGACGCUCAACCAGGGAACUACCACGCGUCCGUUUACCUGAUGACUGGAUCCAGCAAGCCAUUCUGCAAAGGCCAUUACAAAGUCAUCAUCAACGUCUCGAUGACGAACGAGAGCGUGGACCACGGUGGCGAGGUUGGAACGUUCGCGGUCAAAGUGGUCGGGCGAAAUGGCAAGAAAUCGGAGAGGAUGCCGCUGAGCUCUCAAUCGAUGUACUACGAGCCAGGUAGCAAUCACACGGUGGUGCUUGCUGGCGACCUGGUCGGCGAACUCGAAGCCGUGGAGAUCUCGUGGGAGUACCGUGCCUCGGUUUUCAAUCCGCUCACGUGGAGGCUUUUGCACACGCCUCGCGUCUACGUCGACUCGCUGACCAUCGAGAGUCUGGAGGCCGCUUACCGGAUCACCGUGUGCCCCGACGAAACGAAGACUCUGAUCGCCAACGAGCCGAAAAUCUUCACCACUGAGAACUGUCGCUUGCCGGACCGUCUGAACGUUGUACCGACGUAG